UUUCGUUCCGGAUGGGUGCUUUUGCUCCAUCGAGCCAGUUCCUACUAGGACGAGUGGAGCCCAGGACCAAAACAAAAACAUCUCUCAACGCAGUAGCUCUUGUGUUGUCAGUGGCAGGUCGCGGAAAUCUCUUUCUGCUGUCUCAUCAUGCUACUGAAGUCCUGCUGCGUUUACAGCACCGGAGUGGUUUCUGUCUUGUUGCUGAUAAUCGGUAUUGCUUUAGUUUUGUCUGGCGUGUUUCCAAAUCUUCUGCAGUCGGUGGUUAAAAAGGAAGUGCUUCUGAAAAAUGGAACAGAGGCUUUUGGAGCCUGGAAAGAUCCUCCUGCACCUAUCUACAUGCAGUUUUACUUCUUCAAUGUGUCAAAUCCACAAGAGGUGCUGGCUGGGGAAAGGCCUGCUGUGGUGGAGAUUGGGCCAUACACAUAUCGAGAGUACCGGCCCAUGGAGGAAGUGAUGUUCCAGGAUAAUGGCACUAAAGUAGCAGCCGUCAAUCCCAAAACCUACAUUUUCCAGCCUGACAUGUCCCGAGGUCCAGAAAGUGACCUCAUCAGGACUAUUAACAUCCCUGCCAUGACGGUGAUGGAACGUUUCAAGGAUUCUGGUGUUGCCAAACUGGUAUCUGCCUUCAUGAGGUUUCAAAAUAUAGGCCUGUUCACCACCCACACAGUGGGGGAGUUCCUGUGGGGAUAUGAAGACCCUUUGCUCAAAUAUGCCCAAAAAGUUGACCCUACAAUCGAUGACGUUUUUGGACUUUUCUAUAAGAACAAUGCUUCGAGCGAUGGAGAAUAUGUCUUCUUCACUGGCCAGCAGGACUACAUGGACUUUGCCAGAGUGGACACAUGGCAGGGCAGCAGGUCUUUGAACUGGUGGACGUCUGAUGAGUGCAACAUGAUUAACGGAACCAACGGAGCAUUUUUCCAUCCAAUCGUCACCAAGGAUGAGGUCCUUUAUAUGUUCUCCUCUGACCUGUGCAGGUCUGUGUACGCUCUGUACGCGGAGGACGUGACAGUGAAGGGGAUCCCCGGGUAUCGUUUUGUUCCCCCCUACGAGGUGUUUGCCAAUCUGACCGUGAACCCGGCCAACGCAGGCUUCUGUGUGCCAGCCGGUGACUGCCUCGGCUCUGGCCUGCUCAACGUCAGCGUGUGUAAGCAAGGCGCUCCCAUCAUAAUGUCCUCACCGCACUUUUACCUGGCAGAUGAGAAAUUUGCUCAGGAUAUUUCUGGCAUGAAGCCUAAAAAGGAGCACCAUGAGACUGUCAUCGACAUCAAUCCACUAACAGGAAUUGUUCUACAAGCAGCCAAGCGACUACAGAUUAAUGUCUACAUAGAGAAAAUCCCCUCCUUCAGUCAAACAGGAAAUGUGAGGACAGUGGUCUUCCCUGUGGUUUAUCUCAAUGAGAGCGUUCUUAUUGACGAUGCGUCGGCCAAGAAGCUGCAUGUGACCGUUGUUGAGAAGAAUGUGGUCGAGAACAUCCCCUUCAUGCUGAUCGGCCUCGGCAUCAUCCUCGGAGGACUGUUCAUGCUCCUGAUGUGUCGACAGAAAGUCCCAGAGAGCACUGCUGCUGAACGGGAGCCUCUGCUGACAUCAUAACACUAAGGAGGCUGUGUAAGGAGGGUCGUUGUGUUUGUAAAAACAUUUUAAAGGGUUUAUCUGAUUUAAAACGCUGCUCACGAGGAAACACUGUACUCAGAGGCCAUCUUUUAAUCAGUUUUUGAUCUCAUAUUUAUUGAGAACGGAGCAAAUUCAUAAACCUGUUUUCAAAAAGCUCAUAUUGAAGUUACUGUUUUCGUUACACGCUGCAAACUAAAUGUAGGUCUUUGUAAAAUAAAACUGAAGUUUUUUUUAAUCAUUUUGUUUUUUUACCACACUAAACAGCAAAAACAGACUAAAC